GCCCAGCAACUGUGUUUGAAAAGGCCUGCUCAGUAUUUCUGAUGCAUGUUAAAGCUGGAGCCACUAGAUUCAAAAGUUGUGGCUGAAUGGGUCACUGUCUGCUCCACCACAAUUAUGCAUUUUUUUCUCAUUGCUUCAUCUGUGCAUAGAUUUAUAGAGCACGCACAGUAUACCAGGCACUAGGCCAGGCACUAGGAGUCAGGAGCAAACAGAUACAGGCCUUGCCCUCACAGAUCUUACACCCAGACAGUCUACCUGGAGUCCUAUCUUGACAUCUUGCCUCUUGUAGGAUAUGUCUGUUUUGUGAGCUCCCAUUUUUAGCUUAUUUGACUAUCACGCUUUGGAGAAACAGGCAGAACAGAGGUUACUUCUCCAUGACAAACUGACUCACUUUGUCUCUGCACAGUUAAAACUCUGCCUAGAGUCACAGUGUCCGGUGGCCCUACACUGCCCACCUUAGCCGGUACACUUUCCAAGUAAGGCGCCCUCCACGGCCCCGGCUCACUGGGCAAUGGAACACACCCUUCCUUGCACUGCUGCACAGGUGCGUCUCCGUGGGCCUCAGGCUGUCACUGCUCUGAAGCCCAGGCCUGCCCUGGCUCCAUCUCAGCUAAGGACAGAUGUCCUCAGACACAUGCAGUCACCAAAUCACCCUUAUACCUGGGAGCAUCUCUUGAACAUAUUUGAAGACUUGAUAGAACGUUCAGCGCCAGGCUGUCAGCUUCUUCCAGUGGAUCAUAUUGAGAAUUUCCAUCAGUAGCAAGUCUCUUGGCCUAAAUAAAUAGUAGUAGCAAAAUGGAGAAAACAACUGGCAGGUGGGCCGCGGUCUCCAGAGUGCUUGUGUACAGAUUCACAUUCCUUCUCCCCUUUAAUGUCCCUGUCCCUUCCUAUUCAUGCCACCCCAUGCCCUUCAGUCUGGUGCACAAAGGGAACUCCACGUGGGAGUCAAAGUGUGAUGUGAUGGGGACAGAGGGGUGGAUUGGCCAGGGCUCCAGUAAGCACUGCUCCAAAACCUUCAUUCGGCCCUCCCUCUCCGAACAAGUGCGGUGGAACUCUGAGUUAACACAUUCCUCCCACUUGUGGCACAGGAGCAGAAAGGCUGACUGGGAGUUGACUAUCACAUGCCUGCUCUGAUUGGUGGGCUUAGCCCCUUUGUUGAGCUGGCAAGAUUGAUGGUGCCGCGUGACAGUUCCCUCCCACAGAAGAGAGAAGAGACACAAUCUGCUAGAAGUGACUUUUCAAAUUAUCUGCAGAAAACAUUAGUGGAUAUUUUCCCAUCUGCAUGCCUCUGGGCCUUACUGAGUCAUAAAAAGUAAAUGAUUUCCCUGAAUGCUUUGACAAACCUGAAAGUUGCAAGCCAUUUUCUAGCUGAUUGAUUUGCCGUUAUACAUCCAAGUGUCUUGAGCAUAAAGUCUGGCUGGCAAAGAGCACUGGUGAGAAAACCAUGGGCAGCUUCUGCAGGAGGAAGCCAGGUCCGAGGAAGACAAGCAAGGGCCAGGGCUUGGUUGGUGAGAAGGAGCUAAAUAAAAGCCAAGUGAGGAAGACUUCUCAGAAGAGGUGGCUGCGAGACAGUCGGAGGCAGGCACAGACUCACCGGGAGGGCAAGAGGAGGCAAUUAAAACAGAAAAAGUGGCCAGGCAGAGUGGCUCAUGCCUGUCAUCCCAGCACUUUGGGAGGCCAAAGCAGGUGGAUCACCUGAGAUCAGGAGUUCGAGACCAGCCUGGCCAACAUGGUGAAACCCGUCUCUACUAAAAAUACAAAAAUUAGCCAGGUGUGGUGGGGCACACCUCUAAUCCCAGCUACUCAGGAGGCUGAGGCAGGAGAAUUGCUUAAAACUGGGAGGUGGAGGUUGCAGUGAGCCAAGAUCACACCACUGCACUACAGCCUGGGCAAUAGAGCAAGACUCCGUCUCAAAAAUAAAGUAAAAUAAAAUGGCCAUGCAUGGUGGCUUAUACCUGUAAUCCCAACACUUUGAGGGGCUGAGGCAGGUGGAUCACAAGGUCAAAAGAUUGAGACCAUCCUGACCAACAUGGUGAAACCCUGUCUCUACUAAAAAUACAAAAAUUAGCUGGGUGACUCAUCUCAGCUCCUCGGGAGGCUGAGGCAGGAGAACUGCUUGAACCUGGGAGGUGGAGGUUGUGGGGAGCUGAGAUCACACCACUGCACUCCAGCUUGGGUGACAGCAAGACUCGGCAGAAAAAGUAAAAACAAGCAACUUGUUCUCUGCUCGCUCUAGGCCAAGGUCAGCAGAGCACAGAAAACAUGACCAAAGGCUAAAAAUAGGAGGCUAAUCACUAAGGACAGAGGACUCGGGCCUUCGAAGAUGGGUCUGUAGAAUGGUGGAGAGGCCUGCAGCAGUGACCUCAGGGCCAGCUGUCACCGAGCUCCAGAGUUGGCCAGAUUCAGAAGGAAGAGUAUAUCCAUCCUUGCUCAAUUUCUGUGCCUUUUCUGGCAGCCACUUGGUCCUGGGAGAGGCGAGUUCUGUGCCAAUCUCCAGAGCUGCCCGGGAUCUAAUGAGAAUGGGGAGAUGUGACGCUCGCGCUGCUGCAGGAAGAAGGCAGAUGAGACACCGACCAAGUGCUGUGUCAUUCAUGCCCACGCUCCAUUAUACUGGGCCGACAGAGUCAGUUGUAACCUUUCCCAAGGGUGAUGGAAGGGGCCAUGCCCUCUGCUGGGGACCCUAGUCCCUGGGGACUGGUGGCUUUGCGAGCACCGCCUGGCCCAUCCCAAGACCCCCACUCAGGGGAAAGAUGGGGACUUACAGGGCCUUCCAACUCUUCCCCUGUAGAGGGAGAGGAGUGGUCGUUCCUAACACCACUGAUGUAUGGAAGGUCUAUGAAGGGUCUAGAGUGAGCAUAGCCACUCCGCAGCAAAGCCCAAGGUGCUGAGGACAGAGAAGCACCGAGGCCAGCCAGACCAUCACAUCCUCCCUGUGUAGCACCUGUUCUGAGCACCAGCAAGAAAAAACACAGCUCAUUCCUCAAGAAAAAACCAGAGGUAAACAGCACAAGAUCAUGGCCACUAACUACAGUGCCAACCAGUAUGAAAAGGCUUUCUCAUCCAAGUAUCUGCAGAACUGGUCUCCCGCUAAGCCAACAAAAGAGGCAAAUCCUUGGGGUUCCUUCAUGGGCACCUGGCAAAUGCCUCUGAAGAUACCCCCUGCUCGGGUGACACUGACUUCCCGUACAACUGCUGGUGCUGCCUCCCUUACCAAAUGGAUACAGAAAAAUCCUGAUUUACUCAAGGCCUCCAAUGGGCUGCGUCCUGAAAUCUUAGGCAAGUCCCAUGAUCCAGACAGUCAGAAGACAUUCAGGAAGAAGUUUAUCACAAAGACUGUACAACAAGCACCAAGUCCAACCGUAAUCCCACGCUCCCCAGCUGCCAACCUCAAUUCCCCAGAUGAACUCCAAAGCUCACACCCCUCUGCAGGUCAUACUCCAGGUCCCCAAAGUCCAGCAAAAUCCUAAGAGCCCACCUAGAAGUCCAUGUAUGCUAGAACUCUGGGCAGGGCCUAAGCUAGCUGAGGUCCAGAAAUACAAACCUUAAACUUCAUAUGGACAAGGUAGCCACACACUGAAAAACCUGUAUAGUGACUGAGUGAAAUAAACAAGAGCCCCCAGGCAGAACUAUAGAACAGGGAAAUUUUGGGGUGGGAGUAAAAGCAAAUUUGGAAAAUAAACAUUUUUUGUUGAA